AUGCUCACCCUGGGAGAAGUUUAUUAUGUUCAGGCCCUUUCCCCUCAGCACCUGGAUCUUUUCCAACCUAUGAGGCCUCCCAAGCAUUUUCCACAACCUCUACCACCACCAACAUCACCAGCACUUUAUGCUCCACCUGUGCUCUAUCCCGCACCACCUCCACAGACUGCAAAACCUCCACAGACUGCACCACCUCCACAGACUGCAGCACCUCCACAGACUGCACCACCUCCACAGGCUGCACCACCUCCACAGGCUGCACCACCUCCACAGACUGCACCACCUCCACAGACGGCACCACCUCCACAGGCUGCACCACCUCCACAAGCUACACCAACUCCUCAGGCUGCACCACCUCCACAGACUGCACCACCUCCACAGGCUGCACCACCUCCACAGACUGCACCACCUCCACAGGCUGCACCACCUCCACAAGCUGCACCACCUCCUCAGGCUGCCCCACCUCCCCAGGCUACACCACCUCCACAUGCUCCAUCACCUCCAGAAGCUGCACCCCCUCCCCAGGCUACACUACCUCCACAGGAUGCACCCACUCAACAGAAUGCACCACCUCCACAAGCUGCACCACCUCUACAGACUGCACCACCUCCACAGGUUACAUCACCUCCACAGACUGCACCACCUCCACAAGCUGCACCACCUCCCCAGGCUACACCACCUCCACAGAAUGCACCCACUCCACAGCCUGCACCUUCUCCACAAGCUGCUACACCACCUCCACAGGCUACAGCACUUCCACAGACGGCACCACCUCCACAGACUGCAUCACCUCCACAGGCUGCACACCCUCCACAGGCUACACCACCUCCUCAAGCUACACCACCUCCACAGGCUACACCACCUCCACAGGCAACAGCACUUCCACAGGUGGCACCACUUCCACAGGCUGCAUCACCUCCACAGACUACAUCCCCUCCACAGGCUGCACCCCCUCCACAGGCUGCACAACCUCCACAGGUUAUACCACUUCCACAGGCUACACCACCUCCACAGGCUACAGCACUUCCACAGGCGGCAACCACUUCACAGGCUGCAUCACCUCCAAAGACUACAUCACCUCCACAGGCUGCACCCCCUCCACAGGCUGCACCCCCUCCACAGGCUGCACCACCUCCACAGGCUACACCACCUCCACAGGUUACACCACCUCCACAGGCUGCACCACCUCCACAGGCUACACCACCUCCACAGGUUACACCACCUCCACAGGCUGCACCACCUCCACAGACUGCACCACCUCCACAGGCUGCACCACCUCCACAGACUGCACCACCUCCACAGGCUGCACCACCUCCUCAGGCUGCCCCACCUCCCCAGGCUACACCACCUCCACAUGCUUCAUCGCCUCCACAAGCUGCACCCCCUCCCCAGGCUACACUACCUCCACAGGAUGCACCCACUCAACAGACUGCACCACCUCCACAAGCUGCACCACCUCUACAGACUGCACCACCUCCACAGGUUACAUCACCUCCACAGACUGCACCACCUCCACAAGCUGCACCACCUCUACAGACUGCACCACCUCCACAGGUUAUAUCACCUCCACAGACUGCACCACCUCCACAAGCUGCACCACCUCCCCAGGCUACACCACCUCCACAGAAUGCACCCACUCCACAGCCUGCACCUUCUCCACAAGCUGCACCACCUCCACAGGCUGCACCACUUCCACAUGCUGCACCACCUCCACAGGCUACACCACCUCCACAGGCUACAGCACUUCCACAGACGGCACCACCUCCACAGACUGCAUCACCUCCACAGGCUGCACACCCUCCACAGGCUACACCACCUCCUCAAGUUACACCACCUCCACAGGCUACACCACCUCCACAGGCUACAGCACUUCCACAGGUGGCACCACUUCCACAGGCUGCAUCACCUCCACAGACUACAUCCCCUCCACAGGCUGCACCCCCUCCACAGGCUGCACAACCUCCACAGGUUAUACCACUUCCACAGGCUACACCACCUCCACAGGCUACAACACUUCCACAGGCUACAACACUUCCACAGGCUGCAUCACCUCCAAAGACUACAUCACCUCCACAGGCUGCACACCCUCCACAGCUGCACCCCCCUCCACAGGCUACACCACCUCCACAGGUUACACCACCUCCACAGGCUGCACCACCUCCACAGGCUACACCACCUCCACAGGUUACACCACCUCCACAGGCUGCACCACCUAGACAAGCUGUACCACCUACAAAAACUACACCACCUCCACAAGCUGCACCACCUCCACAGGCUGCACUACCUCCACAGGAUACACCACCUUCACAAGCCAUACCACAUCCACAGGAUACACCACCUCCAAAGGCUGCAUCACCUCCACAGCCUGCACCACCUCCACAGGCUGCACCACCUCCACCGGAUACACCACCUCCUCAAGCUGCACCACCUCCAUAG